AUGGCGGCGGCGGCUGUGGCGAUGACGGCGGCGGGAUGCGGAGGGGCUGGUGUAGCCCGCUCCCUUUCCCGUUUCCGAGGCUGCCUGGCUGGCGCACUGCUCGGGGACUGCGUGGGCGCCAUCUACGAGGCGUACGAUACCGUCAGCCUGACGUCAGUCCUGCGUCACGUGCAGAGCCUGGAGCCGGACCCCGGCACGCCGGGCAGCGCGCGGACAGAAGCCUUGUACUACACAGAUGACACAGCCAUGGCCCGGGCCCUGGUGCAGUCCCUGCUGGCUAAGGAGGCCUUCGACGAGGUGGACAUGGCUCACAGGUUUGCUCAGGAGUACAAGAAGGACCCUGACAGGGGGUAUGGUGCCGGAGUCAUUACUGUCUUCAAGAAGCUCCUGAGCCCCAAGUGCCGUGAUGUCUACGAGCCCGCCCGGGCCCAGUUUAACGGGAAAGGCUCCUACGGCAAUGGGGGUGCCAUGCGGGUAGCUGGCAUCUCCCUGGCCUAUGACAGUGUCCAGGAUGUGCAGAAGUUUGCCCGGCUCUCAGCCCAGCUGACACACGCCUCUUCCCUGGGCUACAACGGUGCCAUCCUGCAGGCCCUGGCUGUGCAUCUGGCUUUGCAGGGUGAAUUUUCCAGCGAGCACUUCCUUGAGCAGCUCCUGGGUCACAUGGAAGAGUUGGAAAGUGACACCCAGUCCCUCUCGGAUGCCAGGGAGUUAGGCAUGGAGGAGCGUCCAUACUGCAGCCGACUGAAGAAGAUUGGAGAGCUUCUCGAGCAGCACUCGGUGACCAGGGAGGAGGUGGUGACUGAGCUCGGGAAUGGCAUCGCUGCCUUUGAAUCUGUACCUACCGCCAUAUACUGCUUCCUGCGCUGCAUGGAGCCGGACCCUGAGAUCCCAUCUACCUUCAAUAGCCUCCAAAGGACUCUCAUCUAUUCCAUCUCACUUGGUGGGGACACAGAUACUAUUGCCACCAUGGCCGGGGCUAUUGCUGGUGCCUACUACGGGAUGGAGCAGGUGGCCGAGAGCUGGCAGCAAAGCUGUGAGGGCUAUGAGGAGACAGACCUCCUGGCGCAGAGUCUGCACCGGCUCUUCCAGAAGAGUCUGUGA